AUGGAUGAAGAUGUAGAGGAGCCUAAAGAUUUUGUUAAGAUCACACACAAUCGACUGUCUGCUGAUGAAGUUUCCCAGUUAGUUACUUCCCCCUCUUGUGGUGCUGUUUCCCUCUUUAUUGGCACUACAAGAAAUACUUUUGAAGGGAAGAAAGUUGUCCGGCUGGAGUAUGAAUCGUAUAUACCUAUGGCAGAAAUGGAAAUUAAGAAAAUCUUUGCAGAUGUAAGGCAGCAAUGGCUACACGUGAAACAUUUGGCAGUGCAUCAUAGACUUGGACUGGUGCCUGUGUCAGAAGCCAGCGUGGUUAUAGCUGUUUCCUCUCCGCAUAGAUCUGACUCGUUGGAUGCUGUGAAAUAUUGCAUAAAUAAGCUAAAAGCUACAGUCCCUAUCUGGAAAAAGGAGGUCUAUGAAGAGGAGAGCUACAAAUGGAAAGAAAAUAAAGAGUGUUUUUGGAAAAACCAAGAUGAAGUAUGACUCAGAUGUUUGAUUUAUGCCUUCAUAAUCAGCACAGGAACAUUUAAUAAGCCUCAUGUUUGUAUAUUUUACUGUGUUAUUCAAUGAUAAAUGUGUUGUUUUCAACAUUUUUUCAUGUUUAACAGUAGGUUUUGAUCUAAGUUGAGUGAUGCAUUAAAAACUCUUACUCUUC